AGCCGGGUGGGCGGGGAGGGGCGUCGAGGCCCGAGGCGAGAGGUCCCCGAACCUUGGCCGGGCAGCACCCCCGCGGGACCGCUGGCGGCGACACCUUUGAGUCCCUGCGGCUCCGGCUUGCCCCUGGCACCACCUGGUGAAGUCGGGGCUGCGGGUGAGCGGCAUCCCCGGCGGGACGGCUCCCGACACGUCGGGAUCCAGGGUCCAGCGACCCCGUUCCAGACGAGGAGCUGGUGCUUUGCAGGGACCGAAAGUUGAGGUGCUCCAGCGUUUGCUUUUUUGCUCAUGGGAGGGCGCUCAGCGCUCUCUGAAGGUGACAGACCCGGACCCCGUUUGUCUCUCACCCUCGGAGUAUUGCCGCCACCCCGCGCAGGGUGUCCUGGUGGAGAUGACCCGCCUCCGUGUUCGCAUUUGGUCCUUGUCUUCUUGUUGGGACAAGUAACUGUUGAUGCCAUGCAAGAGAAAUACCCAAGUGAGAGGAUCUCUCAUUCUACUUCACCAGGAUCUGGUGUGAUUCAGAAGGGCAAUUCCCUGGGUACUGAAUGGCAGACCCCCGUGAUAUCAGAGGCCUUUCGGAGCCGCUUUAGUCGUUGUUCAAGUGUUGCUGACAGUGGAGACACAGCCAUUGGCACAUCAUGCUCAGAUAUUGCAGAGGAUUUUUGCAGCUCAAAUAGUAGCCCUUCUUUCCAGCCCAUCAAAAGCCACGUGACCAUUCCAACAGCCCAUGUGAUGCCUUCCACUUUGGGGACCUCUCCUGCUAAGCCAAAUUCUACACCUGCUGGACCUUCUUCCUCCAAGCUUCCUUUGUCUGGAUUCACUGAAAGUGUGGGAAUGACAAGAAAUGGAGAUAUUGGUGCCAUUAAGCGUUCUCCAGGCCUGCCUAGAGAUUUCAUGUAUCUUUGUGGUGGUGCUGUUGGAGAAAAUGGAAUUAAACAGUCCUGGUUUCCAGCAGUGGGCCAUGAAAGAGAAGAAGAGACAAGGAAAUUUGGUAUUCCCAAUAUGGAGGCUACUCUGAAUCAGUCAGCAAUGAUGGAGACGCUUCAUACAGAUCCUCACUGUGGAGUUCACUUCCACAACCCGAGAACUGACACAAACAAAGACUUCUAUAAAGUAUUACCUGAGACCAAGAAGGCACCAGGCAGUGGGGCAGUAUCUGGACGGAAUGGACCACACCCCAGCAGCAGUAGAUUGUUCCCUCUAGGACUCCAGCCUGCUCCUGGGCUGUCUAAGCCGCUUCCCUCUCAGGUUUGGCAACCAAAUUCUGAUCCGUGGCAUCCCCGUGAGCAAUCGUGUGAGCUCAGCACUUGUCGGCAGCAGCUGGAAUUGAUCCGUUUACAGAUGGAGCAGAUGGAGCUUCAGAAUGGUGCCAUUUGCCAUCAUCCUGCUGCUUUUGCUCCUUCACUACCCACACUAGAACCAGCACAGUGGAUAAGCAUCUUGAACAAUAAUGAGCACCUUCUGAAAGAAAAGGAACUUCUCAUUGACAAGCAGAGGAAGCACAUCUCUCAGCUGGAGCAGAAAGUACGAGAGAGUGAACUACAAGUCCACAGUGCCCUUUUGGGUCAUCCCGCUCCCUUUGGGGAUGUCUGUCUACUGCGACUACAGGAAUUACAACGAGAGAACACUUUCUUACGUGCACAGUUUGCACAGAAGACAGAAGCCUUGAGCAAAGAAAAAAUUGAGCUUGAAAAAAAACUCUCUGCUUCAGAAGUUGAAGUCCAGCUCAUCAGAGAGUCACUCAAAGUCACGCUGCAGAAGCAUUCAGAGGAGGGGAAGAAACAGGAAGAAAGGGUCAAAGGUCGUGAUAAACAUAUCAAUAAUUUGAAAAAGAAAUGUCAGAAGGAAUCAGAGCAGAAUCGGGAGAAGCAGCAGCGUAUUGAAACCUUGGAACGCUACCUCGCUGACCUUCCCACCCUAGAAGACCAUCAGAAGCAGAGCCAGCAGCUUAAGGAUUCUGAGUUGAAGAACACAGAGCUUCAGGAGAGGAUGACUGAACUCAGGAAUUUGCUGGAGGAGACCCAGGCAGCCUGCAGAGAGAAGGAGGUUCAACUGGAAAACCUGAAAGAGAGAGAAGCAGAUUUCUGUACUAGACAUAGCCUGCAAGAAAAGCAGUAUGUGGAAGAGACCAGUGGAGAAACUCCAGCCCAACAGGAAGAAGAUCCAAAAUUGGAAAUGGAGUCCUGGCAGAAGGAAUCUGAUUCCCUCCGACAGACUGUGGAGAAGCAACAGCAGAAGAUUGAUCAUUUGCGUUCACAAGUACAGAGCCUAGAACAAGAAGUGGCUCAAGAAGAAGGAACAAGCCAGGCCCUAAAAGAGGAGGCCCAGCGGAGGGAGACAGCCCUGCAGCAGCUUCGCACAGCCGUGAAAGAGCUUUCAGUGCAGAACCAGGAUCUGAUUGAGAAGAAUUUGACUCUCCAGGAACACCUGCGCCAGAUUCAGCCAGGACCUCCAUCUUCACCAGAUACAGCCCAGCUGGCAUUUGAACUCCACCAGGAAUUGGCUAGUUGCUUUCAAGAUCUGCAGGCUGUCUGUAGCAUUGUGACUGAGAGAGCCCAGGGCCAUGACCCUAAUCUCUCUCUGCUCCUGGGCAUUCACUCUGCACAGCACCCAAGGACUCAGCUAGAUUUACAGAAGCCAGAUGUGAUCAAGAGGAAACUAGAAGAAGUUCGGCAGCUGCGCCGUGAUAUCGAGGACUUAAGGACCACCAUGUCAGACAGAUACGCCCAGGACAUGGGAGAAAACUGUGUGACCCAAUGAAAAAGCCAGGGAUGAGACAGGCUGCAUUCCACCCAGCGAGCAUCUGGUCUGUGAACCCACAAGUCCUGCCCCAAUAGUCUAUUAACUCCUGUCUGCUGCUAUUCCCAGAGAGGAGGGGAUGGCAGGAGAGAAAAACCUGCAUCAGGAGGCCAGGAACUGAUUAGGGGAUUGCAUCUGCCUUUCUGCACUCUGGUUUUGCCUGGUUGAGUUGCAUUUGUCCUGUUAGAUAUGACUGACUUUUAAGGGUAAGUUACUAAUCACCUUUUGCAGGCUGACUGAUACAUACAGCUCCAAGUCAAAGGCAAACAGGCUGCUCAGCUACCUUCUUCAUCUUCUGGGAUGGGUCCAAAUUCAUUCCCACACAAUCCCUUGAUCCUGCUAAUCCUAGCAGUUCAAGAGAGGGACCUGAGCAGACUGAGAACUAGUAAUAAUAGCUGUUUGAGAAUUCUUAGGCCCCACUCUCAUUGUUUCUUCCUCAGGGCUCUUGUUCUCACAGAAGACUCAGGGUAGUCUGUUUGUUAACAGUACCCACUAGAACAGGGCCCUGAGGAAUUAUAGCCAGGGCUCCUUCACCUAUGCUACCAUAGCAUUUUAUAGGACAACCCAUCCCCCCAGUUGCCCUGUAUGGUUGGAGCUCUGCUCACAGGGUUAACACAGUCUGUGUUCUCAGGCCUUCUAGGUAUCCCCCUUCUUGUACUCUUUCAGUGUGUAAACUCUUUUGUGGUUCUGGGUUUGGGUAGGAUUUUCUCCCAGAAUACUGCAAAGCCACUAUCAGGCUGCUCACUCCUUCCCUCGGGCUGGGGCCAGUGCCUAGGCCCCUGAUUGUGCCUCUUGUGUUUGAAUUAGGGGUCCUUUCUUGCUCAGGGCUCCAUGACAGUGCAGGGUGCCUAGGAUAUGUUGGCUUUUAAAUAUAGCUCUCAGUUUUGUUCCAUUGCACCCUACCCUCCCUGUUUUCUGGUCUUCUCUUUCCUCAUCUAGGGAACAUCUCAUAAUUGUUUAUCAUCUGGUUAUUGGGAUGACUCAGAUCUCCUUUAGAUGUGGAAUCAGGCCAGAGACCUGUCUGAAUAUGGAGAAGUCAUGAGCAAUUCAGAAGCCAAAUCAACCACUGAGUUUCUUGCAAAACUGUGGUUUGUUAGGGCAGCAUCCUGGACUUCACUCCUGGUCUGAAUGAGACUCCUUAAGUGUUUUUACAAGUUUGUGUUUUAUUUAUGGAAUGACUUACUCCUUUUCAGAACAGCUCCACCCAGCCCUCUCAAGCCUCUGGUCUCUGGCCUAAUAGCAAAGCCGCCUGGUUGGUCUCCACCCUGUGUUGGGAGCCCAGCCACCAUGCUCACGGGUAUUUUCCUCAAAGUUUAUAAGCAGUUAUUUAUAUGAAUCCUUGUUAUGUCAACUGGUUUGUAUUGCCUAUUUUGAUUACAAAAUAAAAUAUUUAACAGAC